UUUCUGUAACUUUCCCCACGAAUAUACCAAUGUGCCACUCACUCGUCAUCACCGAUAUCCAUUUUCCCUACCCCCCAAAACACACACCACUUUCUGGAUUAUCCUCCACCUAACCAUUAAUCAAUGGCGCUCUCAUUCACAUCUAUGUCAAACGUCGGUUCACUCUCCGCUUCCCGAACCUUAUCGCCGGUGAAAACCGUUCAAAAUUCGUGUUUCAGAUCUAACAAGCUCGCUAAAUCUACGUUAUCAGCAUCAUCGAACUUUUCAUCCGGCUCGCUGCGGCUGCAGUCUUCAACAAACCCUAGGGUUCAGCACAAGUCCCGAUGCUUUUCCGUUAGGGCUAGUGCUCAGGAGGUAGCUACACAGGCUAAAGUAACUAACAAAGUCUACUUUGACAUAAGCAUUGGAAACCCUGUCGGUAGUAACGUAGGACGCAUUGUUAUUGGGCUCUUUGGUGAUGAUGUGCCCCAAACUGCUGAAAAUUUCCGUGCUCUGUGUACAGGAGAGAAAGGUUUUGGCUACAAGGGUUCUGCGUUUCAUCGUGUCAUUAAGGAUUUCAUGAUUCAAGGAGGGGACUUUGACAAGGGAAAUGGCACUGGUGGCAAGAGCAUAUAUGGCCGGACAUUCAAGGACGAAAACUUCAAACUAACUCACACUGGACCUGGAAUCGUAAGCAUGGCAAAUGCCGGGCCCAAUACUAAUGGAAGUCAAUUCUUUAUAUGCACAGUCAAGACUCCAUGGUUGGAUCAAAGGCAUGUGGUGUUCGGGCAAGUUCUUGAGGGCAUGGAUGUCGUUAAGCUGAUCGAGUCCCAAGUCACAGACAGAGGUGACCGCCCAACAAAGAGAGUCGUUAUCAAUGAAUGUGGCGAGCUUCCAUUGGUCUAGAAAAGCAAGGCGGGUAGGUGGUUGCGUCUUGUGAGUGUCCAUUUUGUAUGAGUUAUGUUGUAGCCUUUUCGGGCAGAUUAUUUCCCACAUGAAGAGGUAGGUGGUUUGAGAAACGAGAGUUUGUGUGGUAUUAAUACCGACUGUUUCAUGAACCGGUUUCAUUGAAAUAAAGAGUGGAUCACAUCUGGUUCAGAGUUCGAUGGAA